AUGGACUACUCCAAGUUCGCCCUGCUGGUGGUCCUCCUCUCUUACGUUGAGCGCUGUUGGUCUGAGUCCUGUGUGGUGGACAGCUUUACAGUGAAACAGGACUUCGACCCAAAGAGAUAUGCCGGAAAGUGGUACGCCCAGCAGAAGAAAGACCCAGAGGGGCUCUUCCUCCAGGACAACAUCUCCGCAGAAUACACCAUCGACGAGGAGGGCACCAUGACCGCCUCCUCCAAGGGCCGUGUCACUCUUUUCGGAUUCUGGGUUGUGUGUGCUGACAUGGCUGCCCAGUACAGUGUGCCUGACCCCGCCACUCCUGCCAAGAUGUUUAUGAACUACCAGGGCCUGGCUAGCUACCUGUCCAGCGGAGGUGACAACUACUGGGUUAUUGACACCGACUAUGACAACUAUGCUAUCACUUACGCCUGCCGCACCCUGAAGGACGAUGGCAGCUGCGAUGAUGGCUAUGCCCUGGUCUUCUCCCGCAACCCCCGUGGCCUGCCCCCAGCCAUCCAGCGCCUCGUCCGCCAGAAACAGGAGGAGAUCUGCAUGGCUGGCCAGUUCCAGCCCGUGCUGCAGUCUGGUGGGUUUCAGUUAGCGGCUAAGAACACCUGUGCUGCGAGCCUGCUAAACUUCUUUAGCAUGCUGGCAUGA